UCACACGUGAUACCAGUGCUUGAAGCAUAAAAACAAUCGUUGUGUUUAGUGAAAAAGUAAUCCUCGGAAACUGCAUAUGAUCGCAUACAGGUCGUAUUAUAGACGUGAUGAUUUACAUUUUCUGCCUCCAAGCAUAAUUAAUUCGUGAGAUUUUCUGAUAUGAAAUCACACCAAGAGCAAGACGGACGAUAGCAUACAAUUGAACAGGAGACCAAUGACAGCUAUAAGCGAUCGAUUGGGAACACACCAGGAUGGAAUAAUCAAGGUAUGAUAAAUGCAUAUCUGUGAGAGGACAGAGCCGAGGUUUACUUGCGAUCAAUGGUGUAAAUAAAUCCACAUGUUGUUGAUAACUUGAUGGAUUAAUGAUGGCCAGUGACAUUUGAUUCUGCCUAUGGGAAUUAACAUUGGCAAUUGUAACGUCGUGUGUCAUGGUAAAAUAUCAGAAUGAAAACACAGAUCAGCAGGAAAAAAUGUACUUGGAUAUUGUGAGAAUUAGGUAAAUGGAAGUUUGAUCAAGACAAGAUUUCUUUCCGUUAUGUAUCAAUAUUAUCGAUCCCAAGCGAGAGUUCACUAUCACACAUAAGGUGUCAUUAAUAUGGAACCACAACUCGCCCAUUCUUCCUACGACGUACAGCGAGAUGAAGACAACUGUUCUGAUAUUCCAGCAGGUGUACUAAAGCUCCAUUCGAUGCUGAUCAGAGCAGAUGUUUCUUAACAGCCAAUCACCGAGAUUAUGCUUGAUCACAACCAUUCGUAUUUGAGGCCACGAGGCUUGGAAGAAGAUCGGCCUAUUGCCCAAAUUGUACCGGAAGUGAUGAUAUUAGGGAUUUUAUGGUGUGUUAGCGUCGUUGGAAACCUCCUUGUCUGCAUUGUGAUUUAUCGGAGUAGACGUGUGCAAUCUACAACCAACUAUUUUGUGAUGACCUGUGCUUGUGCCGAUCAGAUAUUCAUUUGGGUAGUAAUACCGAUGGAAUGUGGGAGAAUAAUCAUGAGUGAGUGGGUUUUCGGGGAUUUCAUGUGUAGAUGCGUACGAUUUAUACAGUCGGUGUUCCCGAGCGUCACACUGUAUAUUCUCAUCUGUAUCGCUAUUGACCGAUACUAUACAAUACUGUAUCCUCUCAGCUUUAAAGUGACACGGGAAAUCGCCAAGAGAAUGAUAAUCAUAUGUUGCCUGGUGUCGUGUCUGUUGUCUAGUUUUAGUUUCUAUUUUUACCAUGAGAUUGUGAUACUGAGUGUCGGAAAUAGGUCGAAAAGCGUUUGUCCGACCUAUGUUAAUCCGGAUAAUAACGCGACUGUGGCCUUCAAUGUAAGCUUUGUUCUGCUGCAAUAUGUUAUUCCCGUAGCGAUGAUCGGAUUUAUCUAUUCUCGGUUGGUCAAAUUUAUAUGGAGAUCAAGUGGAAGUUUCCUUCGUUUUAAAAGAACAACGAAUAACGUGCCUCGAACGAAAGUGAAGAUGGUGAAGAUGUUGAUUUCAAUGACAAUGAUUACCAUGGUGCUCUUUCUACCUUACUUUUCUAUUGUUUUGUGGGUUGCCUUGCGUUUACCGGAAGUGAUGAACCCAACUAUUUUCAUAGUGUGCCUAAUAUUACUUCUCUUCGCAACAGUUGCCAAACCUAUAAUGUACACGUGCUUCAAUUCCAACUUCCGGCGUGGUUGUAAGGAAGUAUUUUGUAUGUCCAAUUCACGUUGCUACCGAAGCAGUACUUACGCCAUCACCACAACUUCUGCAUUUGGCAAGAAAAAUCAUGUCGGCAUUAUGAACGGCAACUCUGAAAGAAACUCGCCCACAAAGGCCUUUGACAGAUCUACCCAUGUAGACAAAAGUGUGUGGCCUAUUCAGGGUAGUCUGCCCACGACGUAUCUCUGAAACAACUUUGUAAAUGUCGGUGCAAUACUAUAUAAUUAAUGUUGUUUUUUUACUGUUGAUCAGAUAUUCGUCCAUUCAUUAAUUCUUAAUUAAAUUCGGUAUAGUUUGUUUUCAUCCAUCAUAACAGGUUACCAUACCUAAUGUUCGACACUAAAUGUUGCCUUCGUAUCAUGACAACAACUAAACAUCCAGGAACAUGAAUAACUAAACAAAGCUUUUUUUUUAUAUAGCUGAUGGAAAAACGCGUUUAAUCAACCUUUCUAACAUAAGCAAAUCAAACAUUUUCAAUUAACAGGAAGAAAUUUUGAGUAUAAACCAUACGAUUUACAUAUACAACACUUGAUUACAUAUAGAAAUGAGAUCGAUGUGAUAAAAAACAAGACUUGUGAUGCCUAGCGCACAUGUCCAAUAUAAAUCAAAUACGGAAUAAAACUGAUAUUAUCUAUAAACAUAUAACUGGUUAAGGAAGGUAUGUGGAUAACAAUCUAAUUAAAAUCUAGAUGGUCAUUCUCACUACGUUACAUUACAUGAACGUAGUGAGAAUGACCAUCUAGAUUUUAAUUAGAUUGUGUGGAUAAUAGCAAGAAGUCCGCGGGCCUCGACGGUCAUAUUGCUAUAAACAUGUAAUAUAAUUUCACUGCUGGAACUUUUGACAAGGUUAAACAACAACAGUCCCAUAAAAACACAGAUUUUAUGUUCAGUGGCACUAGUCCAAAAGGUGGAGUUUCAAGUGUGUUUUUCAAGUUGACGGCCAUCUUUGAUUUCAGAUCUGCCGGAAAAAAAACACUUGGUCAAUACCAUCUCAUAAUCAUUCGUAGCAAGUGUCAGAUCACUUUAGCUUGUGAAACUUAAGAAGAAAUUUGAAAUGUGAAAGUUUACGCACGGCUGACGGCGCCGACGGGUCAGAAUGACUUAAAAAUUAGCUUCUUUCCUCGAAAUACGAACUUAUUAAUGGUAACAAGCUCGAUGAACAUAGAAUGCAAGGUUGAAACAAACUGCCAACGUUUGUCGAGUUAGAAUUAUUGCUAUGUAAUAAAUACAGCAUUUGAUGACUUUGAUGACGUGACAUAACUUGAUUACACAUGAACAUACUGGGUGUUGUAUGAAGAACGCUCUUCAUAUGAAUUAUUUCUUUGGUCACAAUUGAUAUCUACAUGUAUCGUGAUGUUUAGAGUUAUGGGUACGCAGUCGUGUUUACACAUUUACAUUGUCCUGUGUCGAGUUCGCAGUCGUGUUUACACAUUGACAUUGUCUUGUAUAGAUACAAAGUCGUGUUUACACAUUGACAUUGUCUUGUUUUGAUACGCCGUCGUGUUUACACAUUGACAUUGUCUUGCUUUGAUACGCCGUCGUGUUUACACAUUGACUUGUAUAGAUACAAAGUCCUGUGUUGAGUUCGCAGUCGAGUUUACACAUUGACAUUGCCUUGUGUCGAUUUCGCAGUCGUGUUUACACAUUGACAUUGCCUUGUGUCGAGUUCGCAGUCGUGUUUACACAUUGACAUUGCCUUGUGUCGAUUUCACAGUCGUGUUUACACAUUGACAUUGUCUUGUUUUGAUACACCGUCGUGUUUACACAUUGACAUUGUCUUGCUUUGAUACGCCGUCGUGUUUACACAUUGACUUGUAUAGAUACAAAGUCGUGUGUUGAGUUCGUAGUCGUGUUUACACAUUGACAUUGUCUUGUGUCGAGUUCGCAGUCGUGUUUACACAUUGACAUUGUCUUGUAUAGAUACAAAGUCGUGUUUACACAUUGACAUUGCCUUGUGUUAAAAAUAUUUAAGAUGUCUGUUAUGUUUUUAGAUAUUUUAGAUUUGCAAAGUUUAGAUUUUCAUUAGGUGCUGAUCUACAUACAGAAAUAAUAUGGUCUUACUUUUUGAUUUUGGUUUCUCCAUAUGCAUAUAUAUUUGUAUACUUAUUAUUCGGAUGUAAAACAACGUGAAGCGAUACUAUUUUUGCUAGAUACUUACCUAGUCACCUACCAUGCAUGGACAACACUGUUGAUAAACUUCUAUAUUAAGUUAUGACUAUUAUGUCGUUUGUGAUAUACAGUCUCCAGUCCGAAAUAAUCCUCAGUCAGAGUAAGUAUGUCAUAGUAACGAAGAUAACCCAGGUUUUCGGUAUGGCAGUCAAUUGAUCAUAUAGGUCCAUCUACAUUGUACAUAUACUUGUCAGAUAUGAAAACUAAUCAUAUCUAUCCCGCUCAAAUAUAUCGCAUCUGUUAACUUUCAUUUUAAGACAGACAAAUCAUCAUGUAUAUAAUAUUGAAAUAUCAUGAUAGACAUGGUAGCAACCGUGAAAAACAAAUUCAACAUAUUCUAUAGAAAUAGAUUAUCUUAUCAUCGGAGACAUUCUACUAUUCUUCAUAUUAGUCUCAAAUUGUUUUUUGUAUAUAUAAGUAUAAGGAUUCGUUUACUUCUAUUAUGACGGGCUAUUAGUAUUGACGUAUUCAAAAGAGAUACUUUCAAUUGUCCAAAAGAUAUAUUAUGUCGUUAAAGUAACCGUUACAUGGCCUCAAGAUGACAUAAAUUGGCCUAGUUAUACAGAUUAUGUAUAUAUAUAUGAUUAUAUCCUAUUUACAGUAAAUCAAUAUUUGAACUGUUAAAAUAUAUUUUGAGAACUGAUUUAUCAUGUCAUAAUGAUGCUUAUUUUGUAAUAACUUCCGCUUCAUUUUGAUAGUCAUUACUACGUAACACGAAUGUAUCUCUUUUUUCAACAUUGGAUAUGAAAUGAAUACCUGAUGUGAAUCAUAUUUAGACAUCGGUAGAGAAUCGAUGGCGUCUUCAUAUGCUAUAAUUUAACCAUCUAAAGGGACAAUUUAGUCAAGUUGCCUUAAUUUGUUAUCAUAUCACAACUUCUUUCAUGAAAUUUUACUUCUAUACUUAUGAACUAUCCUUGGCUAUAUAUUGAAACAAGUUUAUGUUUUCCAUGCGUUUUUUAAACUAAUUGUUAGGACAGGGGGGUCUUAAUCAUUUCACCAUACGAUUAAUUUGCACAUGAGCAAGCCGUCUCUGCACAUUUUGACCUGUGAAUAUGCGCAAGCCCGUCUCGUGACUGCAAACAAAAACAAAUUUGCAAUCGAAGCGUCAGCGGAAAAUUUAAAAGGCUUACGGGUCUAACAGAUGUCACUUUUUCAAACGGUUGCGAUUUCAAGGAAGACGUUUGGAGCGCGCUUGCCUAGACUUGACCUUCAUGUAGACCUACACCCUACAGACUAAUGUUCCAAGGGUGAUAUUUUUUGUUCUGUAAAACUGUUAUUAUCAUGAUUGAGUUCGUACUUGUUAUCAAUAUUGUUCUUAUUACAUCUUGGAUGAAAAAUGAUUUAAAUGCA